AUGUGGGACUGCCCUUAUAACUUUUCUGGAAAUUUGCACAAACAUAUUUUGGACAAAAAUCUUAAUUCUAUAAUAGCGAAAAUACCCAUAUCUAUCCUCAACUAUUUGCUUCAGAAUAUAAUCAAAUAUGCCAAACUGUACGUGAAUCGUAUUUCUGCAGGCCCUGCAUCAAACAAUUUGCAUGCACAAAUUUCAAUGUUGCUUAACUAAGCAAGCAUUGUGCUCGCACAAUUUGGAAGCCACUGUAUUAUGGCCAAAACAGCUGUAGUAUUUUUCUACUCUUUGCGCUUUCUCGCUCUUGCGCUCUCUUUGAAACUUAACUUCCCUUAAUGCCUGUCCAGUUGCUCUUCCGUCGCUGUUUACUUUUUCGACCAAUAGCAAAAACAAAGGCAACAACAGUAACAUUUAUAAAUGCUAAUAGCAAUGGAAUUAAUAUAAAAGACAAAAAACGAGAAAAAAGCACCAAGCGCACUUGUAGCUGGCUGAUAUCCGCUGGUAAAGGAGGAACACCUUCCGCUACUGCCAUUUCCACUCUUCAACUUGUUAUUGCUUCCAGUUUGGUUGUACCACAUUUGUUGUUGCUGUUGUUGUUGCUUUUAUCUCAGCUGUUGUUGGCUGUUGCGUUGUUGUCUAUUUGUGUUUGUCAGUCUACUGCCUGUUACUCGCAGCAUAUGCAUGCGCGUGUAUGUGUAUUACCUGUUGCGCUUUGGCCGCUUUGCGCGUUCCCAUCCUAAACAGUUUAUGGCUUUAAGUCAGUUUCAAUUCGAACGCGCUCGCUUUCACAACGGCGUUCAAAUGCGCUGCAUAAAUGUUGUGUACGCAUUGCGGCUAAACGAACCACAAUAACAAAAUAAAAUAAAUAAAAAAUAGCCAACGAAAUGUGCAAACGUAAUGGGAAUGUGCAGUGCAAAUAAAUGAAAAAGAAGAAAAAAUCGAUUAGCCAAAAAGCCUCUCAUAUCUGCGACAUAACGACGUUUUUCGAUUGUUGCUACUUUUGUGUUGCUGGAAAUGUGAAAAUUCCACGUUAUCAAAGUGAUCGUUGUGGCAAUUUUGUUUUUGUAUAUUUUUUGUGCUUCAUUUAAUUUCGGUUGCUCUGUUACCACGUUGACAGCAGCCAUAUCGCUCGCUGAUAAACGAAACAGCGACGACUAAACGACUGCCAACCCUACAGACAAAUUAAAAAAAAAAAAAUAGAAAUAAUUUAAAAUUAUUAUUUUGCUUAUACGAAAAAGUCGUAAUUUUCUUUAUUGCACCAAAAAGGAAGAUAAUAAUAUUAUGUGAGUGAAGUUAGGUGUAAGGUGUGGAAAAUUUAAUGCUGCAGUAAAGGUAUUCAAAAUUUUUGAGAUAUGCAAAAAGUUAUUGUGCAGCAUAGAAAAAGUGAUAAAAAAAUGUGUAAUUAACCCAGAAAAAUAAAAAUUUAAAAAAAGUACAAACAAUAGUACGCAACCGUACUAUGUAUUUAAAAUCAGCUGUAAAUGUGUAUUUGUUGUAUCUGAUAUGGAAAUGAUUAGCGGAGAAAUGGAGGUGAACAACUUAGUGCGCGCUCGUUUAUCACAUUUUCAAUGGUCCGUAGUAAUUAAUUACGUCAUUUUGUGCAUUGUCUUUGUUGUUGGUGGGCGGAUAAACUGACUGGCAAGGUGUUGGUUGCCGCAACUGAUAAGAUAUAACGCUAACAAACGUGUGUACGCUAAAUAUUUCAACAGCAACAAUAAUUCAGUUGCCGAAGAAGUUUGAAAAAUGACGUGAAUUACAAAAAAUAAAAAAAAUUAACAAAAAUGCACGCACAUCAUAAAAAAACUAAAAUAAAAUAAAAUUCUUAAUCAUGUGAGUGUGUGCGUUUGUAAAAAAUAGCGAAAUAGCUAAACUAUUACCAAAGAUUUAAGCACCAAAUUCCCUGCCAAAAACAAAAAAAAAAAGCAGCAGCGACCACUACAAAAAUCUGUAUGAUACAAUUUUUCAACAACCAGUGUGCAUUUCAUUACACAAAACUCCCGCAAGGCAACGAAACAAGAAAAGAAAUCGCCAGCAAUGUUCGACGUACCACCUAAAUGUCCCGCUUUGGCCAACAAAUUGACUGGCAUUUUCGGUUGGCGUCAUACAUAUAAAGUGGCAGCCAAGCACGAAGGCAUACAACAUACAUUCCUGCAGAAAUCCUAUUCAUUAACGUUGCCAAAACGGCCGUCGUCACCCUAUCGUGGGCAAAAGGAGCCUGAUUCUUGGGUUGCCGUCCACCAUCUACAGACACAGUCGGGCAUUCUAGACCCGGACGAUUGCGUCGGUGAUGUAGCCGAUGAUCGUGAACAGAUACUUGCCAGUUACGAUGAUUCCGGUCCCGAUCCGGGCGUACCGCAGGGCGGUGGAGAUGGCGCUUCUGGCAGCUCUUCUGUAGGUACUGGCUCUCCAGACAUCUUCCGCGAUCCAACCAAUACAGAUGCGCCAACAAAUGGGCAACGCGGCGAUGUGUCCACGCCACACAUUGAAGUCACCAGCACCACCGCCUGUCCCGUGACCGGUCUCGGACUACAAGUGCGUCGCAGUAGUGAUCCAAAUUUGCUGGCUUCACUGAAGGCGGAAGGUGGCAAUAAGCGAUGGUCAGCGGCAGCACCACAUUGUGGCGGAGACUCACCCGAUCGUGUGCUGCUCGAUAAGACCGGCUACCUAGCGCCGCAAUGGGAAGAAGAAGAUGAUGGUCAGCAGCAUUCGGCAAACGCACCGUCGCAGCAACCGUUCGCACGCUCUGGCCGCUUGUCCAUGCAAUUUCUAGGUGACGGUACCGGUUACAAGUGGAUAGAGGCCGCUGAGAAGUUACAACAUCAGCAGCACCCUCACCAGCAACAACAACAGCAUCCGCAGCAACAGUCGUCUCAUCAGUAUGCACCGCAAGGACAAAUGUAUACAACCAAGUCUUUACCGCGUGAAAGUAAGCGCAAAGAGCCGCUCGGCCAGGCAUAUGAAUCGAUACGUGAAAAAGAUGGCGAAAUGUUGCUCAUCAUCAAUGAGUACGGCAGCCCGCUUGGACUGACGGCUAUACCGGACAAUGAGCAUGGCGGCGGUUUGUUGGUGCAACACGUAGAACCGGGUAGUCGCGCUGAGCGCGGACGUUUACGGCGAGGCGAUCGCAUAUUGGAGAUCAAUGGCACCAAAUUGAUUGGACUGACCGAAGGUAAGGUGCAGGAAUAUUUGCGACGCUCAUUGGAGGCGUCUGAGCUGCGUAUACGCGUGUUGCGUGCCGGUGGAGUCAGCGGUGGCAAUGCUAAUCCACGAAAUGGCAGCAAAUCGCGUCGUCGCGACUCCAAAGUGGCAGAAAUGAUUGAGGCAGAGGAGAAGUUGGCGUCGUCGGUGGAGACCAAGGUGGCGACGGUAUCGCCAACACGAAAGCCGAACACAGCGCCGGUGGGUACUUCACUGCAAGUGGCGAAUACGCGCAAGCUUGGGCGUAAGAUCGAAAUUGUGCUGAAGAAGGGUCCAAAUGGACUGGGAUUUUCCGUGACGACGCGCGACAAUCCAGCCGGUGGCCACUGCCCGAUUUAUAUUAAGAAUAUAUUGCCGCGUGGUGCUGCCAUUGAGGAUGGACGCUUGAAGCCGGGCGAUCGGUUGCUGGAGGUGGACGGUGUGCCGAUGACUGGAAAAACACAAACAGAUGUGGUGUCCAUAUUGCGUGCGACACAACCCGGCGCUACAGUACGAUUGGUGGUGUCGCGGCAGCAAGAGUUGGCCGAGCUGGAUGAAAGAGAAAUUAACUAUGAGGAAAAAGAGCGCGAUUUGAAUACACCACCAAAGCCACCGGCUCCAGUGCUUCCCUCUUCCCUUCAAAAGCAACACCAGCAAGAUAAGCUGCCGAAUGGCGUUCUAAAGUCUAACAGCGCACGCUCGCUGUUUGAGCAACACCAACAACAACAGCAAUACCAGCUUAACGAAUCUCAACACUUCAUAGAUGCCGGCAGUGAGUCAGCUGCCUCAAGCGAUAGUCUACAGGCAGGCAUAGCUUGGCGCUCACGUGAGGUGCUCACACUACAUAUACCCGUCCACGAUACAGAAAAAGCGGGUCUUGGUGUCAGCGUCAAAGGGAAAACCAGUUCGAAUUCCAGCAGCGGCAAUGGCUCUAUGAAACACGACGGUGAUUUGGGCAUUUUCGUAAAGAAUGUCAUACAUGGCGGUGCAGCAUCACGAGAUGGUCGGCUGCGCAUGAAUGAUCAGCUGUUGAGUGUCAAUGGUGUAUCAUUGUUGGGUCAAAAUAAUGCCGAGGCAAUGGAAACAUUGCGUCGUGCCAUGGUCAACAAUCCUGGUAAGCAUCCUGGCAUGAUAACGUUAUCGGUGGCGCGUAAAAUCGCGCGUUCUGCCAGUUCUGGUGACAUACUCGAGCAGACCAACAGCAGCUCAAACACGAGUGAUAAUUCCGGUGCCACAGUGAUCUAUCUGAGUCCCGAGAAGAAGGAGGCACGUGGUAGUGGUAGCGCAGCAAAUGAAAUGAACAGAUGGAGCAAUCCCGUAUUAGAUCGUCUAACCGGUGGAGUUUGCUCCUCGAAUUCAUCACAACAGGCGCGUCGACCGUCACGCGAUCUCUUGAACGCUGGUAGUGGAGGUGGAGGUAGUGGACCCGGCAGCGUUGGCGUGCAUGGCUUGCGCAAUGAAAGCUACUACAUGGCAACGAAUGAAACGUGGUCGCCAGCCUUGCAUCAGCAACAAAUGGUGAAUGGCCAUGUCAACAGCAACAAUACAGUUUUAAUCGAAGAUGAUCCAGAGCCAAUGUCACCUACUCUCCCCCACCGUCCCAAUGAUUCAGUGUGCACACAGAAUAGCAGCACCGCUCAGAACACUUCUACAGCGCCACCCGGUGCUCCGGUAAAUUUCGAUUCCACUUACUCCUCACAGCUAAGUCUCGAAACGAAUAACUCCGGCGUUGAACACUUCUCGCGCGAUGCGCUCGGUCGCCGUUCGAUUUCGGAAAAACACCACGCCGCGCUGGAUGCACGUGAAACGGGUACCUAUCAACGUAACAAGAAGUUGCGCGAAGAACGCGAACGUGAACGUCGCAUACAACUGACCAAAUCUGCCAUCUAUGGUGGUUCGAUGGAGUCGUUGACGGCGCGCAUCGCCAACGCCAAUGCCCAAAUACCCGGUUAUAAGCACACGAAGGCCGCCUCUGGUGUCGAGACACAACAAAUGCAGGCAGAAGCGCGCGAUCAAGUCGGCGAUUUGGGGCCCUCGUUGGGCUUGAAGAAAUCUUCAUCGUUGGAGUCUCUGCAAACUAUGGUGCAAGAGAUACAAAUGUCGGACGAGCCACGCGGACCGACGGCGUUACGUGCGCCGCGUGGACGCGGACGUGAGGAUAGUCUGCGUGCCGCUGUUGUUGCAGAUCCAGAAGCUGGCAAACCGCGCAAGCACUGGCUGCUCGAGGAGGGUACCGAUCAGGAUGGCGGUUUCGCACACCGCAACGGUCCCUUUCAGAGUUCGUUGAACGAUGGCAAACAUAAAUCGCGCGCCAAGAAACCGAGCAUAUUGCGCGGCAUUGGACAUAUGUUUCGCUUCGGUAAGAAUCGCAAAGAUGGCGUUGUACCGGUAGAAUCUCAGACGCCUUCAGUGGCUGAGCGCCCGCCCGCUAGUUUACCCACUAAUCAGUUGCCAGCAGCAGCAUUGGCAGCGCUCGAUCGGAAUACGAAGCUGCUGCCCCCAGCCUACCAACCGCCGCCACCCUUACCGCCUGCAAACGCUGCCGGACCAGGUGGCAGCGGCGUAAAUGGUGGCAGUGGAAGUGGCGCUGCCGGUGGCAUAGGCGGUGUGGGUAAUAUGUCAUCGAACUCGAAUGGUAUACACCACAAUGAUAUUUUCAAUCAUCGCUAUCAGCACUAUGCCAAUUACGACGAACUGCAUCAGCAACAAAUUAGCGAAAGCGAAAACAACGCAGCUAAUCAUAAUCAGAAUAGUUCAGAUGUUUUAUCGGAAUCGACAUUAGAAUGCAUGCGGCAACAGGUUCUCAGGCAGCGCAUUAAAGUCGAAGCGGAAAGCUUUUCCCCUAGAUAUGUGCGUUUGAAAUCGGAAGAUUGGAUUUGCUUUGAACUAAAUCGCCGUCAUCAACAUUAUCAUUCGCAACGCAGUGCACGCUCACAGGACAUCAAUCUGCAGCAUCAUCACGCUGCCAUGUUAAGCAACAACGGCGGCGUCGGCGGUGUUGAUAAAAGUGGCAUAUUGCGUCCCACUUCCACCUACUAUGAAUACGAGACGGUGCAGCAUAAUGUCAGUCCGGCAGCGGUGGCCGCGCAACAUCAUCAAUUGCGCAACGGCAGUCUCAAACAGAAUGGCCAUCACUCGCCGAUUACAGUCAAUGGCGUGCAGCAGCAUCAGCAACAGCAACACAAUAACAAUCAUCAUCACCACCAACAACAGCAACAACAAGCACAAGCACAAAAAUCAGGACCAUCGCAAGCGCAACCGCACUGGAAGUCAGCCACCAUGAAUGGUUUUUCGCCCGCCUCAUUGAAUAGCAGUGCGCGUAGUCGCGGACCAUUCGUUACGCAUGUGACCAUACGCGAUCAGAGUUCGGCGACAAUUGCAGCGCAACCCACCUACCAAACGGUGCAAAAACAACAGCCACAAUUUGCUAGCGCUGUCGUUGGAGGUGGCGCGCAGCCGCAUCCAUCGAAAGUGUGACUAUAGGUGCCGGAGCUGCGCCCAAGGCGUGGCGAAGUGCAAUCAAGCCGUGUGGUGGUGGGAUACACGGAGCCGCCAGAGUACGCGGAACGAGCGAGCGAUACAAGCGAUGGGGGUGGCAAUGAUGGCGACAAUGAUUAUGAUGAUAUUGA